AUGGGGACCAUGCUAGGUUUCAUAGGUUUUUUCAUCUUGCUUAUUCUUUUGCUAAUAGGGGAAAACAUCAAUGAUAUUACAAGGAAAAGUUCUCUGCUAUUUGAUUUGCCUACAAUCAAAGAAGCCACUAAUAAUUUCUCCAGUGCAAAUAAGCUUGGAGAGGGUGGUUUUGGCACAGUUUAUAAGGGAACAUUAUCAGAUGGACAGGACAUAGCUGUAAAGAGGCUUUCAAAAAGUUCAGGGCAAGGACUAGAACAAUUAAGAAAUGAAGUGGACUUUGUUGCUCAGCUUCACCAUAAGAAUCUUGUAAGAGUGUUGGGUUAUUGCUUGGAAAUGCAAGAGCAGUUGCUUGUCUAUGAAUACAUCCAGAAUAAGAGCCUUGACACAUUUAUAUUUGAUGCAGCCAAAAGUGAACAACUAAACUGGGAACAACGGCACAACAUCAUUCAAGGGAUUGCUAGGGGACUAUUGUAUCUUCAUGAAGAUUCUAGAGUACGAAUUAUUCAUCGAGAUCUGAAAGCUAGCAACAUUUUGUUAGAUGCAAGCAUGAAUCCCAAGAUUGCAGACUUUGGAUUGGCAAGACUUUUUGGUGGAGACCAUACUGAAAGCAAGACAACUAAAGUUGUAGGAACAUAUGGAUAUAUGGCACCAGAGUAUGCUAUACAUGGGAGUAUUUCCCUUAAGUCAGAUGUUUUUAGUUUUGGUGUAUUAGUUUUGGAAAUUGUCAGCGGAAGAAGGAACAAUAGUUUCUAUGACCCUGGAAAUGUGAUGAAUCUUCUAAGCUAUGUAAGUACUACAAAAUUCACAUUUACAUUUUCUACUAUGAUAUAUGUCUAGAGAUGACUACGCCAUAUUCUAACAGACUUUUACCAGGCAUGGCAAUGUUGGACCAAUGAGACAGCACUGAAAUUAGUUGAUCCAAGCAUGGCUGAAAAUUAUUCAAUCCACGAAAUCUUGAGAUGCAUCAACAUUGGGUUGUUAUCUGUACAGGAAAAUCCAAGUGACAGGCCAAACAUGUUAUCAGUUUUUUUGAUGCUCAACCGGUACAAAAUGAAACUCCAAACUCCCUCACAGCCUGCAUUUUUUUAUGCAAAUGCCAUGACAGAGUCAUAUGGACUUGUUGAAGAUGCCGGUCCAUGUAGAGGUAAACAUGAGCAGUCUACAAGUACAUCGACUCUAUUCUCUUCAAAUGAGGCAUCAAUUACCGAACUAAACCCUCGUUAGGGGGAGAAACAACUGUACUAGUAAAUGUUUGUAUUCCAUCAGCCUGCCUUUCAAAUCUAGAUGGCUGGUUGCUUUUGUAGUUUUGGAAUUAUAUAUGGACUUCACAAAUUACAUAUAGAUAGUUUGAUAUGUUUGAUGUGUAAGCAAGGUAAUCAAAAAUACCUUAUUAUACAUGAUGAGACAAUAAUUGUACAAUAUAUUCUUUUCCUUUCCCUAUGUUAACUAGAUAUUUACAUCAGAAAGAAAAAGUUUAACCAGAUAUUGGCCUUCAUUAUUCCUAAAGAGUUCUAUAUACAUUUCAAAUCAUAAGUUCCAAGGGACAUCUUUCAAAGUUAUGAUUAUUACAUAUUUUGCUAUUUUUUGGGGGCCAAGGC